AUGAGGCGGACGUGUGACGCUCGCGCGCGCAUGAUUUUGCAUAAGUGCCGCAAAAUGCGCGCGUGUUUCAGUUUCUGUUUGUGUUGUCAUUUGUUGCUGGUGGCCAAGUGAAUUUGCAUAUUUAUUUUGCUCGUUUUAUUCUCGAUCAUGUGGUACUCAAUAAGUACAUACUUAAUAAUAAUACAAAAGUAAACAAUUUUAUUCAAUCAAACAAACUAAACAACUCAAAAACUAAUAAAACUGAACGUGGUCACUGAGGGACGUGCGAUAAGAAGAACAACAACAGCAAUAACAAUAACAAUUGGCCGACACUGCUCUCGACUGCAGCGACAACAACCACAACAAGCAAAGUGCGUGUUUUUAUUUUAGUUGCAUUCUUGCGAGCGUCGCUGCAUCUGCAUCGUCAACAGCAGCGCAGCGACUGCACUGCAACAGCGGCGUCGGCGUUGAAAGUUUGGAGUCCAGCGGCUUCCAAAACGUGGCUCAAAAACCAUGUGGCGAUGAGGCAACCAGCUGGAAAUAUGUUGUGCCACUUGUUGCAUGCCGUGUCCAUGCAACAGCAACAUCAUCAGCAGCAACGAACUCGCAUCAAAUGCAUUGCAUCGCUUUCAGCAUAUUACCCAUACGCCAUGUGUCCCCUGGAUGCAAUUGAAGCAUGUUGCAUCAACUGCAGCAGCAGCUGCCUCAGCUCGAGUUUAAGGCUCAUUGACUAAUUCAAUUGUCACUAUUGCCACAGCAACAACAACAACAAGAGCAACAACGAUUAAUUUAAGCAACAACAACAAGAAAAUCAAUCCAACAAAGUUGGACACAAAACAACGCACAAUGUCUGAGUCGCGUCGUCAGUCGGUCAGCUUUACAGCCAUGCCGCCGGGCGUUCUAGUCAACGAUAGCCGGGCCAAUUCCACCGAUGACAUACAAAUCGCCCUGGCGCCCCACAUCCAAACCUAUCUAAGUCAAACCGGAAGGCGGCACUCCUGCUGCAGCGUCAUGCUGCCAGUGGCCUUUGAGCGUGCCGCCGCCAAAUCAUGGCUGGAUCCCAAGUUCGAUUCACCCGUUCUCGAGGAGCAGUUCCAGGCCAGCGUCUUUCCCCACAUACGCAUGCGAUACAGAUUCACAUUGUCGUACAUUUUACUGUGCUCCGUUGUGUGGUGUCUGUAUUUUGUGAUCGACGGUGGAUCAGAGGACUUCUGGCGUCCCAUAUCGACAUCGUUCUCGAUGAUGUCGCUGGUCACAAUAAUGGCCAUGUGCUUCACACAUUGGGAUCUGUACAAGCAGCACAGGACACUGACAUCGGCGUUGACGGCGCUAAUCCUGUGCAGCGCCUCGUUGGCGUUUCUAACGUACACGGGAAGGGCGUUUAGUCCUUUGGGUCACUUUGCCAUUUGCCUGGAGAUUGUACUGCUGAUCUAUACGGCAUUGCCCAUGCCACUCUGGCUGGGAGCGAUCAUUGCCAUCUGUUAUUCCAUAGCCUUUGAGCUUGUCUCCCACAUGGUCAUUGUGGUCAGUGCCGUUCACGGAGCAGCUGGAGCUGGUAAUCCGGGAACGGAUGGCGCAGCAACUGCUGAAGGAAGUGUGGGAGGAUCAAGUGGCAGCGAUCCCAGUCAUAAGAUACUCAUGCUACGAAUUAUGGCACAUCUGAGCGUCCAUCUGGUUGGAGUUCAUGUGCUGGUCAUGAAUCUGGUGCGCAUGCGUGGCACCUUCAUGAAGGUCGGCCAGAAUCUGCUCGUGCGACGUCAACUGGAGAUGGAGAAGCAGUUGAAGGAGAAGAUGAUACACUCGGUGAUGCCACCCAAGGUCGCUACCAUGCUCCUCAACGAGGGCGGCAGCGGUAUCGAUCCCAAUCAGCCACCGGAAUCGCAUUACAUGCGUCCGCGUGCCUCGCACGAUGUCAAGUCCCUGUUCCGGCCAUUCCACAUGCACAGCAUGGAGAACGUGAGCAUUCUGUUUGCGGAUAUUGUCGGAUUCACUCGCAUGUCAUCCACAAAGACCGCUGAGCAACUCGUCGAGAUACUCAACGAUCUCUUCGAGCGUUUCGAUGAUCUCUGCACCCUCAGCGGCUGCGAGAAAAUCUCCACUCUUGGCGAUUGCUACUACUGCGUCUCCGGCUGCCCCGAGCCCCGGGCCGAUCAUGCCAUCUGCUGUGUCGAAAUGGGACUCGGCAUGAUCGAUGCCAUGCGCUGCUUCGAUGCCCAGCGCCAUGAGGGCGUCAAAAUGCGUGUCGGCGUCCACACUGGCACCGUCCUCUGUGGCAUCGUCGGCACUCGGCGGGUCAAGUUCGAUGUGUGGAGCAACGAUGUCAGCCUGGCCAACAAAAUGGAGUCAUCGGGCAAACCGGAGCAAGUGCACAUCUCGCAGGAGACGUCUAGUUUUCUGGGCGAUGCCUACUACCUGGAGGAGGGCGAGGAGGUUUUUGGUCAUCGCACCUACUUUGUGGUGGGUCGUCGUCGAGAUGUGUCGCGUGCCAAUAGCUUAAGUCCCAGCAUGGCGGCCACAGCGACCGGAGGCAGUUCCUUGUUGUUGCCAGGAGCACAUGGAGCAUUCGCAUCGUUGUCGCAGAGUGCCACCAACAUAUCGGUGGUGCAACCGCAUGUGCCACCAGCAUCGCCAGUGGGUCAGCUCUCCAAUUCGCUGAAAUCAUCGCCUGUGCUCUCAAUGCGACCGCGUCUCACCUCGCUGAGCAUGAAGCUGCGCAAGAAAUCGCAGACGCAGACGCAUUCGCAUAGCCGGGACAGGGAUCUGGAACGUGGCAUCCUGCAUCCAGUGGCCACUGGCAUACCACCGGUGAUUGUGGUGCGUGAGAGGCCCAAGAUAAUCAUCACAACCAAGUCAUUGCCGGGCAGCCUGGACUCGGAUGAGCAGCCGGUAACGGUUGUGGAGCAGGAUACGACACCGCCACCGUCGGCAGCAGCUCAAUCCGAGACACGCUCCAAGCUGAAGCUCAAGAUGUGGAAGAUGCCACGCUUCUUGAAGCUCACCAGUCGCAAGGAUAAGGAUAGGGAAAAGGAAAAGGAUAAGGACAGGGAUGCGGAACGCAAUCAUUCGAAUUCGUUGCCCGUGGCUGGUGAUGAGACCUUGGCCUUCAUUGAGCCAAGCUCAACUGCUGGCCAGAAUGCCCAGCUGGGCAAUGGCUGUGGCUAUCAACAGCUGCCCGUGCUCGUGGAGACCACGUGCAGCACACGGCUGAACAGCAAUCAAAUGCUGGACAUACCCAUGUCCCGACCCGUGCUCCAUCAUGCGGCCACAUCGACAGCAUUGUCCAGCAGUCUAAUGCGUUCCCCGGAUGGCAAUCAGGCAGCGGGAGCAGCAUUAGCUGGAGCUGCAACUGGAGGCAGCUGCUGUUCACCGGGUCAGUAUUCCAUGUACGAUGACAUCAUCGAUGUACGCUCCUACAUCAGUCAAUCCCGCAGCGACAUCUCACCCUUUGGCCGCACCGGCAGCUAUCGUUCCCAGUGCGGUCGUCAGUCGCAGGCGACGGCGGCGGCUCAAACCCUUGGCCUGACAUCCCUGGAGCAGGCAUCCCCCCUGCCACGUCCACGCGCCUCGACGCUCACAACCGGACCGAGCACCAGUGCCAAUGCCAAUGCCCAUGUCAAUGUCAAUGCCAAUGUCAAUGCUCUUCCCAGUGGCGCCACCUGUUGCCUGUCCGCACCAGGUACCGUUGUUGGUCCCAGCUCUGGCUCUGGAGCAAGUCACUCACAUUCGCGCAACUCGAGCAUUUGGCCAGAUGGUUUGAGCAUCUGCCCAUCGGCCACAUCUCGCAAGGAUUCGGGCAUCAAGAGCAACUCGAGACGGAGUUCCAUACAGCAACAGAUCUAUGCAUUGAAUCAGUCGGCCAUUAGUCAGCAUCGUGUAUCCGGCUAUUUUACCAGCUCCACGUCGAGCAUCUCGAAUCUGGGCGAGGCCGGGGUAUUGCCCCCCUUCCCAUUGCCGGCUGUUCCGCCGCCUCCAGCUGCCGUGCUGGCCCAACAGCAGUCGGCACAGCUGGUGGAUCCUCUGGCCGCUUGUCUGCAGCAGCUGCGCAAGCAGUCCGAUCUCCAGCUGAUCCGCUGUGUGCGGGACAAUGCGAAAUCGCAGCGAAGCUAUCUGGUGAAGCCACCGUUGCGUCGUUUCAGUCUGUACUUCAAGUCGCGCCAGUUGGAGCGAGAUUUCCGUUCCAAGGCGCAUCGUUUUGGCAGCGAGCAUGAGACGGAGGGACCGCCCACAUUGGCCACGCCCCGCUACAACACAUACAUCGAUAUAUUUGUGGGCAUCGCCGUGUAUCUGUGCAUCUCGGUGUCGCUGUUCCUGAUGACCCAGAACACGGUCACGCCCAGCUUCCGCUUGUGGGUGACACUCUUCUCCUGCUUCACGGCCAUCCAAGUGUUUGCCCUGUUCCUCUUCACCCGCCAGAUGUGUCGCCGUCAUGGCACCCGACUCCGCUCCAAGUCGAGCGUCAGCGAGGCGGCCACAAGUGCGGCCAACAGCGAUCAUGCGACCAGCAGCACGACCAAUCCCCAAUUGCAGCACUUGCAGCACUUGCAACAGCUGCAACAACAGCAAUCGAGGCAGACACAGCAAUUUGAAUCCUGUGCGGAUCGCAUCUUUGAGGCCAUCUCCAGCUGGUAUCCCUGGCACAUUUGUUUGGCCAUAUUGAUGGCCAUGCCGGUGGUUCUCAUCAUUGCCAAUUUCCUGCUGCUCGACCUCACCCAGCUGGAGGCAUUCGAGUAUCAUUAUGGAUUCCUCAUCUUUGUCUGCAUCGUGCACUUUUGCAACUUCACCCAGCUCAACUGUUGGAUGCGCAACAUUCUUGCCUUUCUGGCCGCCCUCUGUUUCAUUGGCAUUGCCGUCUCCCAGCUGAGCGUCUACUCCCAUCGCUCCGGCACGGAUUCCGACUCCGACUCCGAUGCGGAUGCAAACCGCAGCGCGGCAGCAUCAUAUUUAUUUGAGGAAAUUAAAUGGUUCCACGACUAUCAUGUGGAGAUCUAUCUGGAUCUGUUGUUGAUACUGGUGCUCGUCUGGUUGCUCAAUCGGGAGUUCGAGAUCGGCUAUCGCCUCACCUUCUAUGGCAAUGCGGUGGCCAAUCAGGACAAGGUGCGUGUCCAGAACAUGAAGAACCAGGCGGAUAUGCUGCUGCACAAUAUCAUACCCAAGCAUGUGGCGGAGCAUCUCAAGAAUACGGCCAAAUACUCGGAGAAUCAUCAUAAUAUUGCCAUCAUCUUUGCCUCCAUUGUCAACUUCAAUGAGAUGUACGACGAGAGCUAUUUGGGGGGCAAGGAGUUCCUUCGGGUCCUCAACGAGCUGAUCGGUGAUUUUGAUGAGCUGCUGUCGCAUCCCAAGUUUCGGGCUGUCGAGAAGAUCAAGACGAUUGGAUCGACAUUUAUGGCGGCCAGUGGAUUGGAUCCAUCACAUCGCGGCACUGGGGAUGAGCACAUACAUACCCUAAUGGAGUUCGCCAUCGAGAUGCAGCAGGUGGUCAAUGAGUUCAACAAGGAUCUGCUCGAGUUCAAUCUGAUCCUGCGCAUCGGCAUGAAUAUUGGCGAUGUGACAGCCGGCGUAAUUGGAACGAGUAAACUCUACUAUGACAUUUGGGGCGAUGCGGUUAAUGUUGCCUCUCGCAUGGACUCCACUGGUCUACCCAAUCGCAUCCAAGUGGGCAAGGAUUGUCUUCCCUUUCUGGCCGCCUGCUAUGAAUUCGAGCCACGUGGCAGCGUUUAUGUCAAGGGCAAGGAUCACAUGGAGGUCUUUCUCUACACUGGACGGCGACCACAGCUGGAGGAGCAGCCACUGUCCGAGCAGGAGCAGGAGCAGGAGCUGCAGCCAGAGCCCACUGAGCUGGCGGCUGAGGCACAGGAGGAGCAAGUGCAGCAGCAUAUAAAUGGAAUUCAACACAUUGAUGAUGAUUUGCAAGCUGACGAAGAAGAUGACCAGGAUGAUGAUGAGGAUGAUGACGAUGGUGACCUGCACUCGAGUGAAACAACAACGUUGUUCAAGUCACAGGAAUCACUGCAUGCCACACACGCCACAAAUGGUGGCAGCCACUUUAAUUUAGCGAACACAACCGACUCUUAGAGGAGAACAACAGCAACAUAUUCCAAUUAAACUCGAUUCUUGGCCGGAAGCACUUGAGAAAUGGUUUCAAAAUUGCAUUUAAUGACAGACCAACAACAUCAGUUAAAGCCAGGAAUGCGAGGGGUGCCAGAGAAGUAAAAGGAGAGCGAGAGGAGAGCGGGGAAAGUGCAACAGCUGUAAAAAGUGGCAAUAAGACAAUGAUGAAUGAGACGGGCCAACAAUUGUGAAGGGGAAUUUUAACGAAAACUAGAAGAGGGAGAGGGA